UUGUACUUUGGCUAUCAAUGUCAACUGUCAGUUCCAGAAAAAACUAUUUUUGUCGAAUGCGGUGCUAGAAAUUUCCAAACAUUCGUUGCCCACGGGAGAGAUUAAAAGUCCCUAACAUGACUGAUACUGCAGAAAACACUAGUUUAAAUAAGCCAAAAAUCAAGCAUGACUGGUACCAGACAGACGCACAGGUGGUGGUCACCAUUCUACUCAAGAAUGCUCCUGCGGACAAGGUGAAAGUGCAUUAUGGAGACCGCAGUCUCUCAGUGUCCGGCCCACUACCAAACACAGACGCCGAAUACAGUCUAGAAUUAGAACUAGCACAUGAGGUUAUUCCCUCUAUGAGCACCCACGUAGUGUCACCGUCCAAGAUAGAGGUGAAGUUAAGAAAAAAGGAGGGGUUACGAUGGGCCAAGCUGGAGGGAGAGGGGAAUGAGGAGAAAGUGAAAGCUAUUCCACAAGCCGUCAUAGAUGCUUCCGGGCCCCCUGCGCCACCGAAAAUAUACAAAAAAGACUGGGAUAAGAUAGAGAAGGAAAUUAAGAAAAUGGAGGAAGAGGAAAAGCCCGAAGGAGACGCGGCGCUCAACGCGCUCUUCCAGAAGAUAUACGGCGAAGGAUCAGACGAAGUGCGGAGGGCUAUGAACAAGAGCUUUGUGGAGUCCGGAGGCACGGUGCUCAGUACGAAUUGGAACCAGGUGGCCAAGGACAAGGUGGAGGUCAAACCACCGGACGGACUUGAAUUCAAGAAGUGGGAACAAUAGACAACUUCAACCAGAGACAACAUUAUUAUACAGCGUGCCUCUGACCAUGGGGCUUUAAAUCCAGGGCUCGAUUCUACUCGCUAAACUGAGCUACUUUUAUUAUGGCACCAACCCCGAAAUCCCGAAAAAGUUUUUACUUUUUCACCCAUACAUUUUGGCUGAUCAGAUGUCGACGUUUUUUAUGGAAAAACCCAAAAAAAAAUUCCCCGAUUUUAGGGUUGGUCCCAUAAUAAAAGUAGCUCAGAUUAGCGAGUAAAAUCAAGCCCUGCAUUUAAAGACCCACGGUCAGAGAUAUACUGUAGAUAGAGUCAGACCGAG